CUCUCGCUCUCCUAGUGAACGCACAUGUGAUGUGAUUUUACAAUAUAUAGGGCACACCAGCAGCAAGCAGCAUUGCUGGCAAAGCUAAGCGAGAUUCUUGUCUAAAUUCUCUCUCUCCAGCCCGCAGUCUCAUGGUGAAAAAGAGGUAUGGUUCCGUACGUAGCGAGUGAGUUGGGUUCCUCUCCCAUCUGCAGCAUCGACAGGCUUUGAGCGAGCAGAAGAAUACCAACCAACCUCUGGCAGAUCCAAUGAGAGGACUUUACUACUACCACGAUAGUUCCUCGCUAAAUCGUGUUUCUAAUUAGGACUUCUUCUUAAUUUUGUACUUUUCUAAUACAACCUUUAUUAGGAGCAUUGUGGUGGGGCGUCGCUAUUCAACCACCAGUCUUUACACCUCCACACAAACAAGCAAACUCUUUAAAGUCCGUUUUAAUCAACCUCCACCUCCUCCGAAACAUUACUAGUUAGGAUACUCACUCACUAAUUGUCUUGGGUCGCCGCAAAGGUCACGACGCCUUUUGUAUAUCUUCCCCUUCGAGUGACAUGGUCAGAGUGAUCAUCCCCAAAAGGUCACCGGAACUGCUAUCCCCACACGAAAUCUAGUCCUGUCCAUCCGCCCUACCCAACACGCAUAGCCGACUACUACUACUCCCACAUCAUCGUUUCUCUCUGGUCAGCCAUUUGCACCCCACGCCGAGGGUCAACAACAACUACACCUCAGAAAUAGUAAAAUUGUACGAAUCACAAGGGAAACCACACCCACAAAAAGUGUCGCACGUCUCCAUAUGGAAGUGCUGGAGUUACCGGCUGCCCACAGGAAUUAAGACCUUCUUCUUGGCUGGGGAAUAGUACAACAUUGCUGAAACUGAGACCGCCCAAAGUAAAAAAAUCAGAGGCUGAUAUAGAAAAUUGGAAGAGAGACGGGCAAAUUGUCACCGCGAGUAAGAUUAAAUCCAAUCCACGACUUAAUUAUUGUUACUGGAGAAGAAAGUUAAGCAGUUGGGUUUGCGUGAGAGUUGUGAAGGAAGGGGCAGACACUUCGCCUAGUGUUUCUUGGAAAUAAAAUUCAAUUUUAUCCAGACUUUCUCUACGCAGCAGCGUGAAUAAAGGUCGGUGUCUACUCGUCCCUAGUCCAUAUGUAAUCAAGCCAAUUUAAUAAUCAUCAACGAGUGGUUAACUAAAUUGUGAACUUAAAGUGUGGAUUUAAAAAACUAAUAAUAAUAAUUGUGGAUUUAUACCUGUUUUUAACAUUUUUAUGACUUUUAUACACCUCUUUCUUACCAACUUGUUUCCAAUCUAAGUGUACAUUUUUCUUAGCACUUUUUGAAGAAAAAAAUUAAUACUUUUUGCUAGAACUUUUUUACAAAUAUUAUUAUUUUAAGAGAACAAAUUAGAGUCUGAAUUAUUUUUAAAAUAAUUAAACAAGAAAGAACUGAGGAUUUUUUUUACAAUCUUUAACUAACUAACAAAUACUUUCAGCAGAUAACAACAAUUGUCGAAACUUUAUCUGCUAGAAAAUCGGUGCUUACCUGACAACUUUGCCCUCCGUCCCGAAAUCCCGAAACAGUGCUGACGAAUGACGAACGGGGACGAAGAAAGAAACAAACAACAAAUCAAUAAUAAUAUGAAUUAAAAAGCCGGCGAAUAAAUAAUAAUCUCAACUCAACGGUUAAAAAUCGGCCUAAGCAAUUAACGAAUCAACUGAAUUUACCACUUCUGCUGUUCCUGCUUGGAAUCAAGAACAACGACCGUCAAACUUACUUUCUAACAAUAUACAAGGUUGCAGACGUGGCUGGAUUAGAAGUAUGAGCGAGGAUUCGGAAAGUUUCAAAUUGUCCUCGGGGUCCGAGACGCCGACGAAUUCGACGACUGAGGUUGGUGGGAAAGGAGGAGGUGGAAGCAGUAGUUCCGCAGGAGGGACGCCAACCGCCGUAGUCACGGGGAGCUCGGGCGUAGGAAGUGUGGGUGUGCCGGAAAUGGGCGGUGCAGGUCCUGCAGCCGUCUGGACGUCGGCCCCACACGUGGACGACUACUAUUAUUACAACCCAUCUAUCAAUUUCCAGCAAAAUGGAUACUAUUUCCCACAGAAUUUUGGACCUCCGCCAAAUAUGGGAAUGGCUCAGAACGGACCUUUUGGACAUCGGCGGUCCCCAUUCGGACCUCAGCAAGGUCAACGACACGCUGGGAACAAUGCGGGUGCAUCGGUCGGACGGUUUCCUCCUUUUGGAUUUCAGCAGCAGAGGCAACCAAUGCGACCAGGCAUGAAAGGCGGUGCUAUGUACGGGAAGCCAAGUCCUACGAUGAUGAUGCAGCCAAAUUUUAGGCGAAAUUUUCCUGGCAAAGGUGCAUUUCAACCUCAAUUUGAUGGAAAUGCUGUUGCAGGGGAGAAUGAAACAAUGUACCAGGAACGCAAUGGUGCUGGGGGACCAUUGGACAACAUGAGAUCAUUAGAACAAUACUUGUCAGACAUGAUGAGAACUGGCGGGGGUGAACCAGAUGGAAGAACAGGAGGAAAGUGGAAUUACUCUAGUGAAGAACAAGGGGGCGGCCCGUCAGGAGCAAACUCUGGAUUUAUCCUUGAUGGAGAAGCUGGUCCAACGGUUGGUGUGCAAAGUGUGUCUCCUAGAGCCGCUGCUGGACUUGUUGGUGUUGGAGCUAGUGGAGUGAAUGAACAAGGGGAACGUUUUUCAAGGAAAGUUUUUGUCGGUGGUUUGCCUCCCGACAUUGAUGAAGAGGAAAUUACUGCCAGCUUUAGGCGGUUUGGCCCGUUGGUUGUGGAUUGGCCUCACAAAGCUGAAAGCAAGUCGUAUUUUCCUCCAAAGGGUUACGCUUUUCUAUUGUUCCAGGUAAAAGAAUAUGAGGAAAGCUCUGUCCAGCAACUGAUAGAUGCGUGUAUUCAAGAUGAUGAUAAGUUGUAUCUUUGCGUUUCAUCGCCGACCAUAAAGGACAAGCCUGUUCAAAUUCGACCUUGGAGACUCUCUGAUGCUGAUUUUGUACUUGACGCAUCAAUGCCUUUGGAUCCACGGAAGACCGUGUUUGUUGGUGGUGUCCCAAGACCCCUGAAAGCUGUUGAGCUAGCGAUGAUUAUGGACCGAUUGUAUGGAGGUGUUUGCUACGCCGGGAUUGAUACAGAUCCGGAGCUGAAGUAUCCAAAAGGUGCUGGUCGCGUUGCAUUUUCUAAUCAGCAGAGUUACAUUGCAGCCAUUUCGGCACGAUUUGUUCAGCUCCAACAUGGUGAUAUAGACAAACGAGUCGAAGUCAAGCCAUACGUGCUGGAUGACCAACUCUGUGAUGAGUGUGGUGGUGGUCGUUGUGGAGGAAAAUUUGCUCCAUUUUUUUGUGCUAAUGUUACAUGUUUACAGUAUUACUGCGAACACUGCUGGGCCACCAUUCAUUCUCGUCCCGGUCGGGAAUACCACAAGCCGUUGGUAAAAGAGGGUGCUGAUCGACCCCGAGCACUACCGUUUCGACCUAACUAUUAUAGGCGACUCGUGACUGUCAACUCGCAAAUGUAAACCAAAAAAUCUGUCAAAUAACUCGUGCAGCUGGAUUGAACAUGAAGGAGGACAAGUGGAGGAGAAAGUGAAAACCUUAGAAAUAUAAUAUUUAGAAUUAUUUGUUAUGCAUGUGCAACGGAAGUGCGUUCGCUUUGAUACCCCGUUAGUGCUGAUAUAAUAGUGAUAACCGUUUUUACCUUUUUGAAAUGUUAUCUCACACAGUCGCAAUCAAUCAAAGAUGGUUUCUAUGCAUUAGACUAUUACAGUCUACUUUUGGCCAGAGUUUAGCGUUCUUCAUAGUACUUUGAAAAGGAAGAGGACAUGCUGUGUCGCCAAUGAUCAUGAAAUGGAGUAUAUUUAAAACUCUUGCUCAGUAAGUAGCGUCGUCGUCGUGGUGUGGGGAUGAACUUGGGAGUAGUGACUGAAUACGUCAAAUCUAAAUCAAAGGGUGCAGAACUGGGACUUUUUUUAUAAGGAAUUAUAAUAGACAGGUUUUUAUCAUCAUUAGUAUUGUUAUUUUUAUUUUAUUUUUACUAUAUACACAUAUUGUCCAUCUUACUUUUACCCUGUCUCAGUCUCACAUGAAACACAUUAUACAACUCAUAUAAUAUUAUAGCAAAUAUUUAAUUUACUCGUGUGUAAGUGUUCGUGUGUGUGCGUGUUGAACAAUGAAAUUCAUUCAUGACCGGGUCUCACCAUUGUUUGCUCCUUAAUAAUACUGGAAAAAAUUAACUUUUUUUUUUGGUGAUGGCUAAAUAGAAAAGUUGACAAUCUUAGUCCAUGUGUAUGUCUUUAGUAGUCAGCAUAUGUCGCCAACAAAAAGUCUGUGCAGGAUCGUCAUCGUGUCGUAAGAUAAUACCGCAUAGAUUGAUUGGUUAGCUAGUUAUUAGUUGAUUGGUGGUUUGGUGCAGGAGGAAUUAUUAUUGGUAGUAAUGUAGUCAGCAUUGUUUGUAUAAUUGCUCUAUAUAUAAUUUUGUAAUAGGACAAUCUUAGCCGUUUCCUCCCUUAAUUAUAACGACAUCGUUACAAUUGUCUCUAUUUUUAAUUAAAUCUAACCUAGCGUUUGUAUUGUUUUUUUGCCGGUAAAAACAUAGAUAAUCAUAGUAGUCGCUUUUCAUCAAUAUAUUACUUGAUUGAGGACAGGGAAGGAGUAGUUAUCUAGUAAAGAGAUACAAAAAAGGUGUGUGGAGAACUAUGCGUUUAACAGCAUAUAGUAAACUCAUGAUGGAGAUCAAGUUUUUAUUGAGAGAAGACAAAGAAAUGGCGAAUUGACGAUCCGUAGCAUCGGGUAAAUUCGCGAUAAUCAUAUAUGCAAAGAGUCAGCACAAAGCGCAACGGUUCUACAAUAAUGCUGGUAUUGUUGAUUGUAUUUGUAUAGUCGGAUUUUAUUUUAUUUUGUCUUAAUUUUUACUGUGGGUGACUAUAAUCUUUAAAACAGCAAUUGGAAUUUGUAAUUCAUUGCACUAAACAAAAAAAGCGAGGAUAUGAUGAGGUUGAGUCGCUUCCUUUUUGACGAGUUUCAUGAUUUUAGCUUCUAAAUGCGUAAUCUUAAGCAAUCAUUGACUAGUCAAAUUUUUGUCAGAUUGAUUAUAGAAAUUUUUAAUUACAUUGUUACUUUUUCAUUUUAACUUUUGUUAUCAACUUUUGGUGCCAUCGUUUUAUUUUGAUAUCGUGUUUACGUACAAGACUUUAAAAAACCCAGCUAUGUAAUGUCUCACUAAUUACUGUUUUUCUUCACGUUAUUUUAAGUAAGUUCCUUAUCAUUGUUCUCAAACUAUGUUGAGUGCCUAUAUAUUUUUUGAGGAUAUACAAGGUUUUUUCUCCGAUUUGUUCUAUCCAAAGUAAAUAUCAAGGAAACUUCUAAACAACAACCAAUUUCAUCAGGUAUUCUAAUUGUUUUAGUAGUUGCUUUAGUUAUUAUAAAAGGUUUAAAGAUUGUCAAAAAAUCUGUAAAACAAAAACCAGGAAUUUCUGUGUUUUAUUUUAUUUUAUAACAUCUUAUUAGUUGUCUGGAGUUUAUCGUUGUUGUUUUUUUGUGUUGAAUAUACAUAGAAUUUAUAAAAGUUCAAGUCUAACGUCCAACAUUUUUACACAAAAAAAUAGAAAGAGAUUUUAUAUCCGUGUUCUAGGUAUUUAUGUAUUACAUACAAACAUCAUUUCCAAACAUGCUUUUUUGAGCGGAAUAAUAAUACGACGAUCAAUCAAUUUUCUAUCGUUGCCUAUUUACAAACUACAUGAAAUUGACCACCUGGAAUGUGUACAUUUUCAAUAAAGUAAGUGCUGGGUCAGAUUUGAAUUAUCCAAUGAGGAUUUUUUGUUGUUUAAUUCACUUAUUUUUUUGUUUGCAUGUCAUGUUUGCACAAUUAUUUCCUAUAUUUUUUGGCUGAGAUGAUAAAAUAAUGAUGUGUGCUUUAUAUUACACCCUGCCAUUUGUCACCCACAAUCUGCACGUCGUCUCAACUCGCUCAUGCUUCAUCGACGCAUAUCGGCGAAUAUAUGUAAAAAAUACGUGUUCUUCAACCUCUCUCCAGCUUAGUUAGUACAUAGAUUUUGACCUCCAUCAAUCGUCACUGUUUACAAAAUCUCCAUGUCUCCCACUAAUUUACUUCCUUUAUACUUCUAAUUGAAUUAAUUACUAUUACGUAUGUCUUAAAAACUGCCAAGAAACUUGUCGUUUCAACCAAUUGCACUCUCACUCACUGAAGCACUCGGAACUGAAUUCAAGAAGUGUUGGGCGUAACGAAACCCAACAAUCUUCUUUACAAAAUGAAGAACAAUAAUUUUUUGACUGCAGAAAGAGUCCCACAAAACAGUCCACUUACAAGUUACUUACAUAAUUAUGGGCACGAUCUGUAUCUCUCUCUCCUUAUUUACAUUGUCCAUUAUCCUGGUCGCUGUUUCUCUGUCCUCCACACUGUUCUAGUCUGACCACGAAUAUGUAUAACGGUAGAGUCGUUCCGUUUUAGUUUUCGAAUAUGAAUGGGUUUCACGUUAAAAUAGAGCUGUGACAUAAGUCUUCAAUGCUUGGCAGAUUUUUACACAAGUAAUUAAAUAUGUAGGUGGCAUUUUAGGGGUUCCCACAACAAGACUUGACGAGAUCAAGAGGAAGUGGUUGACAGAAAUUCAAUUAAUUUCUGCUCCAUUUCUGAAUAAUUGAGUGAGAUGAUGGAUGAAAAAGCGACGGUGAAGUAGUUUUCAACUAAUUUUAGUCGUAGUAAUAAUAAUGAAGAUGCAUUUUAGCAAAAAUCAAUCGUUGUGUAAGCGAAGGGGUGUAGUAAGUACAUAAGUAUCGAGUUUAAUAUGUAUGAUGACACGUGUUGUUACUCUAGUUAGUUAAAUUACAUGAUAUGGGCAUAUUUUGCAACGUUAUUUAUUACAUUAUGAUUGACUGAUCCAUACAAUCUAAGCUAAUUAUUCCCUUGAAACGGGUGAUUUGAAUCGGUGCUAUGCUGAUUUUGUCCAGCAGAAAAUUUGUAUAGAAUUGUUAACCUUGAUAAAAAUCACACACAUUUUGUACUCAUUUUCCACAAGGAAUGGAGGCGAGAGGCGACUACUUGGACUACUUGGACUGCUUUAAAAGGAUUACAUAACGAACAGAACACUGGUACUGCGAUUUGUUCUCUGAAAGAAUUAAUCUCUAAUAUUUAAUCUGGUUCGUGUUCUUCACUUUUUGUGCGAACCAAUUUUCAACAACCAAUCACCGCAAUCAAUUUGUUACAAUGAUGUAGAAUGAUGACGAUAAUGUCGACGUCGAGUCCAGAUUACUUUGAAAUUUAACGUUUCUAUCAUAGCUUUAGAAAUGUUGUUGGUACACAAAUAUGGGAGCUUAAUGUAGUUUUCGUAACCUUUUUAAAUUUGAAAUUCCGGACUUUGACAUUUUUAAAUUUUUUAACGAUUUAUAGCCAUAUAAUUAUAAUAACUUAUCAAAUACGUAAAAAAACAUGACUUAGGUAUUAAUCGUUGACCACUAAAUAUUAUUGUACAUGGACAUACUUCUGUAAGUACACACACACACAACAGGUUAGUUUAAUAUAUCGGCAGCAACAUACCGUGUUUGUAUUUACAUGUAAAAAAUGCGAAUAAUCUCGUCUCAUAAAGUUUGCAGUAUAAAUAUAUCAUCAGUUUUAUUGCGGUGUAAUCCGUCAUAUAAAAUGAGAAAGUAUGUGUAUUUAAGCCAUUGCGUAUGUAGAGUUGGAUUAGAUUGGAUUAGCGGAAAGCAAUACACAGAUUAUUUUCGUCAAUUUUUGUUAUUUCCAAAAUUUGAAGGCCAGCCAAAGAUCUGCAGUUAGUCAACUUGUAGUAGAUAGAAGAACAUACUAAAACCAACUUAUGGACCGUAUAUGAUGAAAUAAUAUGACCAUUUUUUACUACCCAGUGUAGUGUAAUUACUUACCUCCUGAUCACAACAAUCACCUAUUACCCUCAACUUGCUAGUACAUACAUAUUUAUAGACUUAAUCUACUGUAAAUCACGAGGCAGGCUAUGUUAUGUAUGCUCUGGGCUAGGUUAUCCGUCUCAAGCAAAUUACGGCAUAUCUGCUACAAUUAUUUCUCUCAAGUUUGAGGUAAAUUGUUAAGAGGUGGGUGGGAUUAUUUAAGAGUAAUUAAUUAAUUCAUCAUCUUGGACACCUACAUACAUUUUAGAUAAGCUUGGUUUAGUCAUCGUUGAAAAAUGAUGGGUGCGCUAUUUGUGGCUGUGCUGAUGGAACACGUUUGGAUUGUUGAUGAGUAGAAUUUCUUGAAAAUUCUUGAAAAAUGAACACACGUGGUGGUACACACACUCACAGGUCGUAGUUGUAUAGUUUUCCUCGACACACUUGUUAUUACUAUUCUAGUCUGCGGUUGCCUUAUCAAAGGCUGGAUCCAAUAAUACGAUCAUGAAUGUUGAAAAAAAUUUGACUUUUAUCAUCUAAUCAUUACGUAUACAAUUGGGUGGCCAUAUGUAAUACCUAACAAUUAAUAAGUCUUAUGAUAAUAUUACUUAUUGCAUCUCUGUAGCAUUCGUAGGUAGCAGUAGCCAUUGGUUGGAACUGAAUUUUGCGUGUUAUUUUAUUUACUAAAUAUUUAUUAUAUAGUAAGCAAGCAAUGCAGUGCAAUUAAUUUUACACUUCCACCCAGUGUGUAGAGAUGAAGCUACAUAAAACUAAUUAACACAAUCAGACAAACUGUAACCGUAAUGAUACGUGGAAAUUGAUACUAAUGAUUUUCGUCAUAAUCAUUUCUAUAAUGUUGUUUAUGGUUAGACUGGUUAGCUGGUAGGUCUUUUUUAUAAAUAUGUACGUACGUAUGCACGUAUAUACGCAUGCAUAACUAGGCUACAUGCUCUUCUAGGUCUAUAAUUCCAAAUUUUUCAUACGUACCAAUUUAAUUUGAAAUUUGUGAUAUCAUUUUUAAUACCGAGAUUUCUCACAUGGUAAUUUAUACUACAUAAAUACAUAGCAAAAAAGUGGGUGCGAGGAGGAUUAUAUCUUUCACUCGGAAACUUUUAUAAGAUCUUGGUACAAUUUGAGGAUAUGUAAAUGAUGAUAAUCAUAAAGCUAAAAAGGUACUUGUAAAAAAAAUACAAAAAUCGAUACUUGCAGUUAUUCGUAGGUUUACAUCCUGUACAUUGAUUAAUAUGUUGUCAUAAUGUGUGUGAACAAUUAUCGAGGAUAAAAAAAUUUGUAGUCACUGAUCGCCCAAUUGUAUAGUUAUUUACAUAAUAUGUAAGUACGACACUAACGUUAUUAACACGUGUAUUAAACUUAAAAAAUGUUGCUAACAACCUUAUUCUGUAGAUUUUUCAUGUUUUGAGUAUAAGCCGACGAAUGCCAGUUUGACAAAAUCAUGUUUGUAGCGCUUCAACAAGGAACUUUUCAAUAAUAAACUGUUCAAGUUUUGCAAA